UGGCCGAUGCGCCUGGUCCCGCUGCUCUCCGGGGAGUCCCAGAUAGCGGCACAGCAGCUUCCGGUCCAGAAUCUCCUGGUCUUCGACGACCUGAAGAGGGCCAUCCUCCAGCGGGUCGGCCGGAGCCCUGAGGAACACCGACAGCGUUUCCGCUCGCUCGAGCUGGCUGAGUCCGGCCGACCCUUCGUGAUGGCCCAACAGCUCUGGGACUCCUGCCGCAAAUGGCUGUUGGCUGAGGGAAGCGACGUGGAGAAGAUCGUCGAUCGAGUGGUGCUGGAGCAGUUUAUCACUCGGCUACCGAAGAAGACAGCCGAGUGGGUCCAGUGCCACCGCCCCACGUCGCUGGACUCGGCCAUCCAUCUCGCGGAGGACCAUAUGGUGGCGUGCCCCGGGGUCGGCGAACCCCUCCCAUCUGCUUCUCUCUCUCCCUCUCCAUCUUCUGUCCCUCUCUCUCAUCCUGUCCCUUUACCCAGGUCACGGCCGCCUGGAUAUCCGCGUGUCCCGCCCCGGGGGCGGGGCGGGUUUGACCAGAGCCAGUCCGGGACUCCACGUGCCCCGCCCAGGAGGGCGGGACUGGUUUCCACGGGGGGGGAUCCCACUCCUGUUUCUCCGCUUUCUCCACGGCAAUCAUUUACCCCACCCCCUGCCACUGGGGCGGCGGGGAGGUCUGGGCCGGCCUGUUGGCGUUGCGGGGACCCGGAGCAUUUCAUAGAUAAAUGCCCGGUGAUGGAGGUUGGGACAAUGGUUCGGGUCCCGGACGCCCCGCAGGCUGCCCCCGGUCAAGCUGGCUGGUACCAAAUACCUUAAUUGGCGUGGAGAGAGUAUAUAACGCCAGGAGAAACAGGAGUGGCUGAGAGAGAGAAGGACUACUGACUGCUUACCUCCUGGAUGCUGGAAUUGUUGGCUGGAGUUGCUUAUGUUAUAUUGGACCGUUUUGUGCCUGUCUGCACACCUGUUUUGUUAUUUUUGAAAACCAAAUAAAGCAGUCAGUAGUCAAGCUGA